AUGGCUGUCGUGAUAGCGAUGGUUCUGCUCUUUGUGUGUGUUCAGGAAACGAAUGCCGGCCAACAGAAGAAGAAGAAGAUUGUGAUACACGUGCCGAUUCACAAGAAAAUCGAGAAGCACAUCCACACGGUGGUGAAACACGUGCACCACCACCACAAGCCCCUCGUUCUGAAGGAGGAGAAGAAGGUCAUCCACGAGGACCAUCGUCCCAUCCAGAUCCACCAGACCAAGGAGCUGGUACACCAUCACGAGAAGCACGACCACCACGACCACCACGACCAUCACGACCACCACGACCACCAUGAGUACCAGCACCAGCACCAGAACCACCACGCGGUGCCAGUGGAGGUGCCGGAGGUGGAAGAGGAGGAAGAGGAGCACAUCCACCACCACCACAACUACGAGCACAAGGGACGGGACGACUUUAUCGGCGGCGACGCGAGCAGCAGUGAGGAGCGCUGACUAUGCGGCGCCUGCACCGAGUGCCGGGACCCACAGCGCCACCCACAGACUGAUCUUUACGUGAACCAAAACCAAAAUAAACUAAGCGCGCCCUAGAUGCUUUUCGGGUUUCUCAUUUGUGAUUUAAU